UGACAACCAAACGUCCAACAUGGCGGUUGGUCAGAAUCGAGCUUUGUAACAAGAGUCUUGUAUUUCAGUUGAGAAACCACCGUGGCGAAAGGUUUCACGGGACCGUCGCUUAGUUUACGGCUGUUAUUUUUCUUGGCAGAGCGUCACAUUCAGGUCGCCGGUUUGAUUCUUCUUCUGUUCUGUGGUCGAGCUCAGACGUGUUAAGAUGCCUGGAAAACACAGCGACGGCUUCAAAACAGGAGACCUGGUGUUCGCCAAGAUGAAGGGCUUCCCUCACUGGCCAGCCAGGGUCUGUAAGUCAGACAACGGAUACAAGAAGCGAGUCCCCGUCUUUUUCUUCGGAACCCAUCAGAUAGGUAACCUCCCCCCUGAGAACGUCGUCCCUUACGUCGGGAACAAGAUGAAGUACGGCAGUGGCGUUCGCAUCAAAGGCUUCACUGAGGGAAUGUGGGAGAUCCAGAACACGCCGGGAGUCGGGAGUAAAUUAAAAUUACCGGGAAAAACCAACGCACAGACGUCACCUGCAAAAACUACACCAACAAAACCAACUUCCGCCAAGAAAACUACACCUGCAAAACCGACUUCUUCAAAAUCGACACCCACUAAAGCGACUUUUGCCAGCACGUCGGCUCCCGGUGAACCGGUUCCUGAACGGGCGGUCGGUAAACGAAGACGUCCUCAGACUGAAGCUGCGCGCCAGAGUGAACCUGUAGCUAAAACUCAGACGCGAGCGUCGCUAAGAUCCGCCCCCGAGAAAACACCCGAGUCUGGACCGGCUCCUGAAAGGACGACGAGAAACACGCGAUCCAAGAUGGAUGAGACGGCUAGCAGUGGGCCACCCGCUGGAGGGAGGAGUCAAGACACCGCAGCAGGAGAUGAACAGGAAGUGAGUGUUUUUGAUUGUUUAACUUUAAAUAUCGUUGCAGCUCUUGCUCAGCAGGAGGCGCCUCCGAGUCCAGCCGUGACGCCUUCGGCUGAAAUGAAACUGAAGACAACGACGGAACUAAAGGCCGGACCAAAGCAAACGUCCAAGAACGAAGAGGAAGAGGAGGAGGAGGAGGAGAGGAUGUCAGCGGAGAGCCGAGGCUUCACGAGGAGGAGGAGGAGAGAGGAGGAGCAAAAGAAAACAGACGGGGAGAAGACGUCCGAGAGUCGAGGAACGAAAAGACGAGAAGAGAAAACGGGCAAAGAGACAUCAGAGGAAACUAAAGGGAUGAAGACGAGGAGAGCCGAUAACGAGGAGGACAAAGAGAAGACGUCAGUGGAGAGUCGAGGCGUCAAGAGGAGGAGAGAGGAGGAGCAAAAGAAAGAGGAGGAGGAGGCAAAGACGUCCAAGAACGAGGGGACAAAAAGAAAAGACGAGGAGAUGAAAGCAAAACAGGGAACGAAAGACGAGGGCGAGUCGGAGGAAAGCAAAGUCAUGAAGACGAGGAGAGCUGAGAAAGAGGAGGAGAAACAAAAAGAGGAGAGGACGAGGGAGAGCGUCGGAACGAAGAGGACGAGGGAGAAGAUGGAAGCAGGCAAAAGUGAGAAAGAGGACGCGGUGACGCCAGAGGAGCAGAAAGGGACAAAGAAGAGGAGGGAGGAGACGGAGAAGGAGGCGAAGAAGAAAGUCCAAGUGUGGGUGAAGGAUGGAGGAGAGGAGGGAAGGAAAAAAGAGGGGAAGAAGACGGAGGAGUUGAAAGCUGGAGUGGGGAUGGCGACGAGGAGAGCAGAGAAGGAGGUAGGAGAGAAGGAAGGGAGGACGGGGAGAGAGGAGAAGAAUAAACAAGAUGUGGACGUAAAGAAAGAAGAGGUGAAGAAGGGUUCAGAGGAGGAGAAGAGAGACGGGACGAGGAGCGCAGGGAAGGAAACGGAGAAGGGAAAAAAAGAGGUGGCCAGGAGAGAAGAGAAGGAGGUGCAGAGGAAGAAACAUGAUGUGGAAGAAACGAAAAAGGAGACGAGUGGACAGAGGAAAGAUAGAGGAGGGACGAAGAUGAGGAGCAGGAGCGCGGAGAAGGAGUCAGAAGAGGAGGGAAAGAAAAGAGAGAAGGCGAUGAGGAGAGAGGAGAAGGAGGUGCCAACAAAGAAAAGAGGAGAUGUGGACACCAAGAAUGAAGAGAGGAAGAAGACGGACGACGAGAGAGGAGGAACUAAGAUGAAGGAUGCAGGAGAGGAGGGAAAGAAAAAAGACAAGGAUGCGCUGAGGAGCAAACGAGAUGUGGAAGCAAAGGGAGACGAGAUGAAGAAGAGGACGGAGGCGGGGACGAGUGGAGAGAAGUCGGGAAGAGGAGGGAUGAAGACGAGGAGAGGAGGAGACGAGGGAAGAGAGAGGAGAAGAGGAUCUCGGGACGAAGAGCGACAGCGCCACCUGGCAGCCAAGAGGGAGAGCGUGCUGACGUCUCUGAGAGGUCUACUGAAGGAGGGACGAGGAGCAAAGAGGAGGGAGGCGCUGAAGAGCAUGUUGAAAUGUGCAGACGCAGCGAAGAAGAAGAAGACUGUCGAGAUGAGAGGGACAGGAAGUCAGAGGAGCGGGAAAGAGAUGUCCAGGAAGUCGCUGACGGACGAGAAGAAGACAAUGAGGGAAGACCACGAUCGGAUGAAGACGGUGAAGGAGAAGAGCAAAACGGACGGAGAACAGAAGACGGACGAGAAGAAAACGAGUGACGAAACGCGGCAGCAGAAGGACGAAGAAAAGAAAGAGGAGAGGAAAAUAAUCGGAAAGAUCGUGAAAGGGACGGGAGGACAGGGACCGAAGGUUCAGAUGAAGACGAUGAUGGGAGGAGCGGUGGCGACGACGGCCACUGUGGAGGAGGAGAAGAGGAGGAAAGAGGAAAAUGUGAUGAGCAGAAAGACGGAGGAGAAGAAGACGGUGGAGAAAGACAAGAAACCCGAAGAUAAACGGACGGAGAAAAGCACCGAGGUCGAGAGGAAACUGGACGGAUCGACGGAAGACGACAAGAAGAAGAGUCAGGAUGAGGGCGUGAAGGAGAAAAAGAAAGGUGAAGAUGGGAAGAACCGAGAAGAGCAAACGGAGAUGGAGAAAAAGACUAGAGGACAGAAGAAGACGGAGAAAGAGAAGGACCUCGAAGGUAAAAAGACGGAGAAAAGCACCGAGGUCGAGCGGAAACCAGAAAGAGCGAAGGAAGACGAGAAGAAGAAGAGUCAGGAUGAGGGUGUGAAGGAAGAAGAAGAUGAGAAGAACCGAGAAGAGCAAACGGAGGCAGAGACGAGGACGAGAGGACAGAAGAAGACGGAGAAAGUGAAGAAUCCUGAAGAGAAAAAGACAGAAAAGGGCACAGAGGUCGAGAAGAAACCAGAAAGAGCGACAGAGGAGGAGGAGAAGAGGAGUCAGGAUGAAGACGAGAAAGACAAGAAGACUGGUGAAGAUGGGGAGAGUGAAACGGAGACGGAAAAGAGGACGAGAGGACAGAAGAAGACGACGGAGAAAGAGAAGAAUCUUGAAGAUAAAAAGACGGAAAAAAGCACAAAACCUGCCGAGGACAGAAAAGAGGGGGAAAAGAAGAGUCAGGAUGAAGAUGUGAGAGAAAAGAAGAGCGGCGAAGAUGAGGAGAAGAAGAAAGAAGAGCAGCAGAGGAAGAGUGAGACAGAGACAGAAAGGAGGACGAGAGGACAGAAGAAAAAGGACGAGAAGACUGAAAAACCCAACGCGGAAUCGCACGUGGAAGACGAGAAAACGGAAGAGACGACGACACAGAGUGUCACGGCGGAGAGAGUAGAGACGUCGGAAAAAGACGGAGACGCUAAGCCUGCGGAGACGAGGGCGGAGUCACGGGAGACGAAGAGUCCGACGAAGAUGACGCUCACGGACUCGACGCUGCACAGGCUCCACGGGGACAUCAGGAUUUCCCUGAAGACGGACAAACCGGACAUCAGGAAGUGUCUGACGGCGCUGGAUCAGCUCAGCAUGGUCUACGUGACGUCGCAGCACGUCCAGAGACACAGCGAGCUCGUGGCCACGCUCAGAAAGAUGCGAUGCUACAGAGCCAGCCAGAUCAUCAUGGACAAGGCGUCCAUGUUGUACAACCGCUUCAAAAAUGUCUACCUGGUGGGGGAGGGCGAGGAGGUGGUGAGCGCAACCUUCCUGCGAUCGCUGCUGGAGGACAACGAGCGGGAGGAGGCUCAGAGGGCGGAGCUCUGCCGCGACAAGCUGAUGAAGGCGGAGCUUCAGCAGGAAGUGAAGGAACCCUUGGGACAGCUGGAGGAGAAAGAAGGCGAUGAUAAAUGAGUUGCAGUGGACCCUGAAGUUCUAAUGUUCCUGAGCUCGGACUGAACCACUUCCCGGGCUGAGGGGUGUUGAGCUCUGAAACUGUUGCCCCCCCCGGCUGCGACAACGAGAAUGUUCACAACCGUUUACCUCGACACACACACACACACGCACGGAGCUGUUGUUUAUUUCACUUCAGAAUUAUUGUUGUUCUCAUGGUUUCACAAACAUUAACUUCACCGUUCACCCUUGACUGUAUGUGAUGUAAGCUAAGACUUAAGCUAAGCUAAAUGCUCACUUCGUCUUUAUAACAUUUGGACAAAUUGUACAUUUUAAAGCGUCCUCUUGCGUCCACGCGUUGACCUCAAAGUUGUAUCGUUAAACUUUCAUCACUAACCAAAGGUUACGAUAAUGUUACAAUAUUUACAUUUAACAAAAACAAAAAAAUACACUUCACAACCACAACACGCAUUAACUGCUCCCAGCAGGGGCUGAUGGGAAAUGUAGUUUUAUUUAUGUUUAAUUUUAAAUCGACAGGAGCGUGAAACUGUUUAGUACAGGUUUUAUUCUGUUUGUUUUAAUCGUGACUGAGAAGACGUUUACAGUGAAUUUAUGUUUAGAUACUUUUCCCCCUCUUUUUUUUGAAAUGUGUAUAUAUGUAAUUUUUUUACUUCCAGAUAUAAAAUUAAAAAAAAGCAUUUGUACAAAAA